UUUUCAUCAUCAUAAUUAUUGAAAGUUAAGUCGAAAUAAUUCACAUUUUGAUGUUGAUUAGACCAAAUUGUUGAACUGUGGGAUCAAAUCAAGUUUACAAGUAUUUCUAUUUUUGAUCAUCUCUGUUCGAAUAUGGCAUUAAUUCGAAAUGAUAUCAAUAUUGACCAACCAAGAUGGGAUCAAAGCACUUAUUUUGGUCGUGCAAAACAUUUUUUUGUUGUUACAAAUCCAUUGAAUGUACUUUGUUCAAAUCGUGAAUUAGAAGAGGCCAAAGAAAUAAUAUAUAAAUAUCGUAAAGGUGAAAUUAUUAAUGGAUUAACAGAAGAAAAGCUAUGGCAUUAUAAACAUAUCUAUGAUUCUGCAUUUCAUCCGGAUACCGGUGAAAAAAUGACCCUUAUAGGUAGAAUGUCUGCACAGGUUCCAAUGAACAUGGCCAUCACUGGAUGCAUGCUGACCUAUUACAAAACACCAGCGCAGACUAUAUUUUGGCAAUGGUUUAAUCAAUCGUUCAAUGCGGUUGUCAACUAUACGAAUCGAAGUGGUGAUAGUCCUAUUCCUGUUUCACAAUUGGUAAAAUCAUAUUGUUUUGCCACAUCUGGUGCACUAGUCACAGCUUUAUCGCUAAAUAGUCUUGCCAAACGUUUUCCACCAUUAUUGGGUCGUUUUGUUCCAUUCGCUGCGGUUGCUGCGGCUAAUUGUGUUAACAUUCCAAUGAUGCGAUCAAGUGAACUAACAAAUGGUAUAGCAAUUGAAGAUGAGAAUGGCAAUAAAAUUGGAUAUUCAAAAAAGAUGGCCAAAGAGGGAAUAUCACUAGUGGUUUUAUCUCGAAUAUUGAUGGCAGCACCUGGAAUGGUUAUUCCGCCGAUUAUCAUGAAUCGUUUGGAAAAACGUGGUAUUCUUCGCCGAAUUCCAUGGAUUUCGGCACCUGCACAAGUUUUAAUGUGUGGUUUAAGUUUGACAUUUGCUACGCCAUUGUGUUGCGCAUUAUUUCCACAAAGAAAAUCCGUUCCAAUCGAACGAUUAGAAGAGGAUAUUCAAGAAUAUGUUCGCAAAACCAAUAACCCUUGUAAAAUUGCAUAUUAUAACAAAGGAUUAUGAGAUAUUAUUAUUUAAAAAUUGUUUUAUUUUUAAUUCCGAUUCUAUA